AUAAUUGCAUGUACGUAACCGGAUGUCGACACUCUAGGAAUAUUUGAAGAUUUCCGGGAAACGAGAAAAACCUCAAGAAAAAUUUAGAUUCAAAGGCGAUAGUCUGACCAUAUUUUCACUAUCUUCAAUCAAAUUAUACUUCUGCAAUCUGCACAAUAGCGAAAUACAAUCAUAGCAAACUUCUAGGAAUCUAAAUUCGUCAACAAUAACGAAAUUUAUAAUUCACUGUAAUGGAAACACUGUUUUGAUAACUACGAGUGACGAAAGCAAAGAAUGUAAACACUGUCUACAAAUAUUUACGCACGUAUUUUUUCAGCGGGGUCAAGGUUGGCCAAGGCUUUUACGUUGCAAAUAUGUAUUUUAAGCGUAAAACCACUAGAAAAUGACUAUAAAUUUCUAGUUUUGUCUUGUGUAGAGAUCUGAGUUUCUAUUAUGGGCGAAAUCGCUGAAAAUCCCGCCGAAAACAGGUGAGACAAAGUCGAAUGUAAUAGAGUGUCUGCCCUUAUCUUUCACACCUUAGCACGUGAAAUCGAUGCUAUUUCCCAAAACCUGUACCCUUUUGUUCUUUUUUCUUUUUCUAACUUAUUUUUUUCUGAUGUAUUCAUCUCAAAGCUGGCUGUGGAAUUGGCUAAAAUGGUGUCCAACCUCAGAAACGCUUCUCGCAGAUGCUGAGGCCCGAAUACUGAACAGUAAGUUUUCGUUUCAGAUUUCAAGCAAUUAUUUACCGGCGUUUUGAUUUUUGACGAUUCUACCAUUUUGUUUUUGAAACAGUUUUUCUUUAAAUAUGGUUUCAAUUCAAUAAAUAUAAAAAUCAGCUUAAUUUUGGGUCUAUGAUAUGAAUACGUUGUUGCGUGCAUUUCAGAUUUUGUCACAUGUGGUAUCGCGGUUUAUAACCUGAUUACCGAUUUACCGAUGCCACGGGCUAAAUAUUGUCAUUUUAAGCUGUAUGUCGCCUUGAACUCGGCCCUAUUGCAAGUAUCAUGUAUUAUCCUUGCGAUUUACAUUUAUUUUUACAUGGUUUGAUGGCAUAGAAAACGUCGCGUAGUUUCCUAUAAUCCAUUCACAGACAUUGUUUAUAUCAUCCAUGCCUGGGGGAGUGUCAGAGGAGUAGUCACAAAGCAAAUUUAAAUCACAAGGCUCUUCAUGAGUAAAUUCAUCUGGCAUUAGACAGAAUAAAUGAAUAAAGUGGGAUACAUUGCAACUUAAUUGGAGGCAUUGCCAUUUGGCAAUAGCAAUAACCAAUUACAGUGAAUUUAUAGCCUUUCUCACGAUGACAUAUACCGGUAUCCACCAUGUUUGGGUGGCAUCUAAUUCUUGUUAACCAAUGCAGACAAUUAACACAAUGUGAAAAGCCAUUUUUCAAAGCAAAUUUACCAUUAUUUGUCAAAAAAUUAUAAAAAGUCACUGUUAUGUUGAUUUAUCCCGCAGACUUCGGCUGAAAAGCCACCCAAAAAUGGCAGUAUGAGAAAGGCUAAUUUCACAAAACGUUUGCCAAAAUAUUCAAGUUCAAAAGUUCAUAUUGAAAAUCACAAGCUGGUUUGUAAACAAUUAGGCCUCUAUUAUAAUUGGUCCAUGAAUCGAAAAGAGCCAAUCAAAUGCUUAGUUUACAAACCAGUUUUGUGAAUAUUAUUAUAAACUUUGGAACUUCGCAACGCCAUUUGCGAACUUUGGAACAACCUUUGGAAUGUUUUGUCAAAUUGACUGUAGACACUGUAGUGCACAAAGCUCUUCACUUGAAGAGCAAAUUAAAUUAUCUGGCAUCAGAAAAAUAAAGUAGGUGCAUUGCAGUUUAAAAUCACUUGGUAUUAUCAAAAAAGGCACAUUAGGGCAUAUUCCAAGCUAAAUGAGUAAUGUAUAGAGUUGUAGACUCAAGUCAUGUUACUUGAAUCAGACAUAUUGAGUUGCAACUUUUGUGACAUGUAAUCAGAUUAAUGACAUGUGACUUGACAAUCAGAUUAACGACAUGUGACUUUACUUGGACUCGAACAAAAUGACUUGACAGAAAUGACUUGUUACAUAAAGUCGUAAAUAUCUGGUGAAAAUUAACUUUAAAUUUCUACAAUUUUCACUGGAAAUUUAUCACUUAGUGACUGAAAUGUUGUCAGCAAAUAUGACACUACACCCCUCCCUCCAACCUUAGCAUCUUCGCAAUGGCCCUGGUUAGUAUAUUGAUGUAUACAUACAAUUGUCAUGGGUGACUCCCCGGCAGUUUAUGGUAAAAAGAACAGUACAGCAUGGCUUGCAACUUGACUUACUAUUUAGAGUGAAUGACUUAUGACUUGACUGGGACUCAGAUCAAAUGACUUGUGAUUUGACUUGCAAAAUAAGACUUGUUAACAACUCUCGUUUUGUAUGUUCCCUAAGGCUUAGACAUCACCUAUGAAGGACGAUUCAUCACAACAUCACAGCAAGAUCAGAUCUGGACGGUAGUGUUCAACAAAAGUGGAACAAAAACCCCUGUAUUGAUGAUCCAUGGGCUUGGUGCUGGUCUCGGAAUCUGGGUCAUGAACAUUAAAGAACUUGCCAAGAACAGACCAGUAUAUACAUUUGACCUGUUGGGAUUCGGCCGCAGCUCGAGAUCCAAUUUUGACGAGGACCCACAGACUGUUGAAGAAACAUUUGUUAAUUCAAUUGAAGAUACAAUAAAGGAACUGGGUCUUGAGAAAUGUAUUUUAAUUGGGCAUAGUUUUGGUGGAUAUUUGGCAUAUGCUUAUGCAAUCAAACACCCCGAACAUGUAAAGUCAUUGAUUUUGGUAGAUCCCUGGGGAAUUACAGAGAAAACGCAAGAUUGGGAACAAAACGAGCAUGUGCCAAAGUGGAUAAAAAUGAUGGCGGCCAUGUUGAGUCCUUUCAAUCCUUACGCUGCUCUACGAUUUGUUGGCCCACUUGGUAAACAAUGUGUUCAUAGCUUUUGUCAACUUAAACCCAUGUUCGAUUUUUCUUUCCAUCAUACAUGUUUUCAUUUCCUAUUAUUACGAAAGUCACCGAACUGUGGAAUCACAUAAAAAAUUUGUAUAUCGACCACUCCCACAAACGUCUACGACUGCGCCUACAUAUUUUUGCAUGUUUACAAUUCUAAUUUUAAACAGCCAAUCGACGUUUAAUUGUAAUUGUUACCAAGAACCUGAUUGGCUGUUCAAAAUUAGAAUUGUAAACAUGCAAAACUAUGUAGGCAUGGUCGUAGACGUUUGUGGGAGUGGUCGAUAUACAAAUUUUUGAUGCGAUUCCACAGUUCUGUGACUUUCAUAAUACUACACACCUGGUAGCUGCUUAACAUAUUAUCUCAUACUGGUCUUAAAAGUGGGUAUCCAAUUGGUUCUGAGCAGGUGUGCUUUUUCGAAUGCACUUUGCUUUGCUUAGUAGGUUUGGGGAGCUACCAGGCCCACCAAUCCUGGAUGAACCUCUUUGCAAGUAUGUUUGUUAUAAGACCCCACUCCAUUUUAGGGAAAGAAAUUUAUGCCCCCUCUCUAUUUAACCCUUCCCCCUCUCUUUGUACAACAAAAGCACUUUGUUGCAUUUCAAGCUUCCCUUAAUUAAGCCCUCUUGGCUCUUUGCCAAUGUUAAGCUUUCCACAAAUAUUCACAAACAUGCCAGAAACAAGAUUUACGAAGUGACUAGAUAGCCGGCAAUUUAGUGAACUGCCGUACCGGUAGUAGUGACUAUAGUUAAAGUUGAAUAUUUAUGAAAUAAACUGAUCCCAACCCCAACAAAAAAUAGUCAGCCACAUUGGAUCCGGACCACGUUUCACUACGCACGCAACGCCUUUAAAAAAUACUCUGCCAGCAAGCUCGCUGAAUACUAUCGCAAAAAAGGUUUUAUAUUAGUAAAUAAAUGUCAGCUGUUAAAUGAACGGCAGUUUACUAAACUGGCAGCCUAGUCACUUCGCAAGAUUUAGGAUAGCUUGGUACAGUAUUUUCAAACUAUUUCAACCUCUGUUCAUUUAAUUAUCUGUCUUUCUGAUCUUGUAGGACCUGUAUUCCUCCGAACAACUCGUCCAGAUUUGGAGAAAAAGUACACAAGUGUUUUUAGUGAUGACACCAUUCCAAAUUAUCUAUAUCAUUGUAAUGCACAGACACCGAGGUAUUGUCUAUCUCUGCUUUAUUUUGUUCCUUUAAACCAAUCAAGUAAUGUGCCCUAAUUUGUUCGCUUACUUUGUUCAUAGCAUGAUGAUCGGUUUCUUGCUAAUCUUAUUAAAUAAAAGCCCUUCCUGGACGUUAUUAUAAAAUAAAGCAAGUAGUCUGAGGCCACUUGUAUAAAAUGCUGAACUAUAAAUUCGUAAUUACAUACCUGUUCGACUGUUCACUUCUAUUUAUCAGACGCUUACGGUUCCCAAAUAUCAUAUUUAUUCUCGGACCUGAAGAAGUGGGGAUGUCGGAAUCCCGGAGAACAUUUGCCUUGGAACAUUUCCAAUUUUUCACACAGACGUUGUAUUAGCGAUUUCCGAGAAUAUGUCCUUCAUCUUUGUCUGUCAUUUAGGGGCGGGGCAUUAGAAGAGUGAUGCCUGAUGGGGGCGGGGGGAAUUUUCACUUGGUGUUAUAUUAACUUGACCUAAUUAACUGAGUUUUUGAUGACGUCACAAGCAGGGUAAACUUCUAUAUGGUUAAAACUUGUUCAUGUGGGAUUAAAUUUCCUCGAAAAUUGUUAUAACUUUCGUCUUAAAAUGUUGAGUUAAUUGAGUACUGAAAAGACUUCGGAAAAUCGAGUUUCAUGUUGAUAAUGACAUCUAGUUUGCAAGAUAAAAAUUUCGUUUUUUACCCUACUUGUGACCAUAGAUAUAAUCUCCUAUAUCCUAUGCUUGUGACGUAUGCAUAUCGAAUGCAUAUCCAAGAUGGCGGAAUGCACGCUGCUUUUGAUCAAAAUAAGUCGAUUUAUUUCGAAAACCAAACAAGAUACGGAAUAAUUGUAAAGGAAGUUUAUAUAUCAUUUUAAAUGUUCUUUCAAAUAAGACAAAGUUAAUUUAUAUUGCCGUAUCCUUUAAUUUACUUUCUCUCUUUGACGUUUUCGACACUUUAUUGCAGUGGUGAAACUGGUUUUAAACGGUUGACAAUUCCGUACUUAUGGCCAAGAUUUCCCAUGAUGCAUCGUAUUGAAGAUUUAACCCCCGACGUAAAAGUGUUCAUGCUGUUCGGCUCAAGAACUCGGAUAGACGACAGCAUAUCAAAUGAUAUCCUAACCAGAAGACCAGAACAGUUUGAAAUAUGCAGCAUCAAGAAUGCAGGGCAUCAUGUCUUCGCAGAUAGACCUGAUGCAUUCAAUGAAAAGGUCAAAGAGAUUUGUCAAAAAGUUGAGGAGAUUUCGACCUAGGGCAAGCGGCCAGCAUUCGCUGCAGUGAAGGAAACCAUUUUAUAUUAUAACUAUAGUGAAACACGCAAUUUGAUUGGUCAAUACCUGUGGAGGAUCCAAUUUGAUUGGUCAAUACCCGUACACGACAGUCCUGCACGGAAAAUUUGAAUGCCUUCGCGUGGGCUUUUUAAAAUGUCGGACAAUGAAAACAUUUUAACUUGUAGUAUAUGGUUAGCACUAUUUUCCAUUCAGCGUUUGCGUUUCAAUUUUGACCCGACGUCAUUUUCGGAAGAUAGAAGAGGUGUUAAAUGGCUAAGUAACUAACCCAAACCCUACUCUAACCCCUAACCGCAACCCUAACCCUAACCUUAACCGAAUUAAUAAAAAAAUGACAAAAAAACAACGACUUUAGAAAAUCGAUAGGGCGGUUUGCUGGAUGGAAAAAAGUGUUAACCGUGGUAUAUUAAACAAAGUCUGUCUCCGAUUGGUUAGUUCACGGUUGUUGUGAGAAUUGCACAUUUCAUCAAUAAUUUUAAUAAAGUUGACCGUUGUUUCACUGUAGUUAUUUUAUAAAACAGUUUUCCGUGCAGGAUAGCCCAAGAACGGUUUCCUGACAUGUAAAUAUUUAUAUGAAAGCGAAGUAAGAGGAUAUACACUUUGCAGGGGCUGCGCAAUAAUAUUUCGCUGAUUCACGAAAAACGAUGAAAAUCACUUUUAUAUAGAUGUUUUUUUCACAUAUAAAUAAAUAAAUAAAUAAAUGUCUAACGUAGAAGAUUUUAAUUGUCAAGGGGGGAGACUAUUGCAUACAUCACUGUUCAACUAUAUUACGUUACAACCACACGGGAUUGUGUUUAAUAAUGGAAUACGCACGCAACUGGUUUUAAUUCUAAGAAAUGGGGGAAUAUAUAUGUAAAUAUAUUUUAAUUAUUUAAUCAUUGAAAUUAUGAAUCUAUUAUUGAUAAACAAUGUACGAACUUAACUGCACUAAAAUAUUAAAAAAUAUUACCAACCAACUACACUUUUUGUAAAAUACACUUGUAUACUGUUGAGUAAAGGUCCCUGUGUGUAUGUCUAUGCCCCAGUUUUACCCUAGGUUUUCAAUUAUAAAUAUCCCUAACUAUCAAAUAUAUCCCUAUAAUACAGUUGCAGUGCAUGCCAUACCUGAGGGGCAUUUCUCCGGGAGGGUUUUUAUUCCCUACAUGUCACCUCUGUACUGGAGAUAUCUUUCUUGAUCCGUAGUACCCAGUGACUUGCUCGGGAAUUUCCGCCAAAACACACUUUGCUAAUGCAGCUGGCGAGGACUAGAU